AUGCCGCCGGCGUCGUCGACCACCGAGGAGAACAAGGAGUUUGCCAUCGAUUACGUCAUGGAGAAGGCCUCCGGACCUCACUUCUCCGGUCUCCGCCUCGGGGACGGUCUCCUCUCCGCCGUCUCUCCCUCCUCCUCGCCGCGCGCUCCUCCAAUCCCCACUCCUUCUUCUGCAACCGAUUCCGCCAAACAACCUUUCGUCAUUGGGGUCUCUGGAGGUACGGCUUCGGGUAAGACGACAGUGUGUGAUAUGAUUAUUCAACAACUCCACGAUCACCGUGUAGUCCUAGUCAACCAGGAUUCUUUUUAUCGGGGUUUGACACCAGAAGAAUUGAAGCGUGUCAGUGAGUAUAAUUUUGAUCAUCCAGAUGCAUUUGAUACGGAACAGCUUCUCGAGUGUGUUGACAAGCUCAAAUCUGGGCAUUCUGUCCAAGUUCCUAUAUACGACUUUAAAACCCAUCAAAGAUGUUCAGACAGCUUCAGACAGGUCAAUGCUUCUGAUGUAAUCAUUUUGGAGGGGAUUCUUGUUUUCCACGAUCAACGCGUUCGCAAUCUGAUGAACAUGAAGGUUUUUGUUGACACAGAUGCUGAUGUGAGGCUAGCUCGUAGGAUAAGGCGUGACACAGUUGAGAGGGGCAGGGAUAUAAACUCAGUUCUGGAACAGUAUGCCAAGUUCGUCAAACCUGCAUUUGAUGACUUUGUACUACCAUCAAAAAAGUAUGCUGAUGUUAUAAUACCCCGCGGAGGUGAGAAUCACGUUGCGGUAGAUUUGAUUGUCCAACACAUACGGACAAAGCUUGGCCAGCAUGAUCUCUGCAAAAUAUAUCCAAAUGUUUAUGUUAUUCAAUCAACAUUUCAGAUUAGAGGUAUGCACACACUGAUUCGCGAUAGGGAUAUAUCAAAGCACGACUUUGUGUUUUACUCAGAUCGGCUUAUUCGUCUGGUUGUAGAGCAUGGUCUUGGCCAUUUGCCAUUUACCGAGAUGCAGGUUGUCACACCAACAGGGUCGGUCUACACUGGUGUUGAUUUUUGCAAGAAACUAUGUGGAGUUUCAAUUGUUCGAAGUGGGGAAAGUAUGGAAAACGCUUUACGUGCUUGCUGCAAAGGGAUUAAGAUUGGAAAAAUUCUGAUCCAUCGAGAUGGUGACAAUGGGAAACAGCUUAUCUAUGAAAAGCUCCCCAAAGAUAUUUCUGAGCGUCACGUUCUCCUCCUCGAUCCAGUUCUCGCUACAGGUAACUCGGCGAAUCAGGCUAUUGAUCUGUUGAUACAGAAAGGAGUUCCCGAAUCUUACAUAAUUUUCCUCAACCUUAUUUCUGCCCCAGAAGGAAUACAUUGUGUUAGUAAGCGCUUCCCUUCUGUGAAAAUCGUGACGUCAGAAAUCGAUGUGGCAUUGAAUGAAGAGUAUCGUGUGAUUCCUGGCAUAACUGAUUUGAAUGUUGAACCGUAUGAUGAGGACCAAGGAACUGGGGAGCUAAGAUACGUCCAGAUGGCUGUAACCACAUACGAUACUUCUCUUCCUGUAUCUCAAAGAUAUGAUAAUGGCAAGGUGCAGGUUACACUCGUUUGGAAUUCGAGGAACGAGAACUCACCUAGUUCAGAAAAGUUAAAUGCUUUAGCAAAUUUCUUGUGGAGAAAUGGCGGUCCACGGAGGAAAAGCAAUCUGAUUCAUUCCGUGUGGGCCAACUUCCAAACCUCCUCCAGUAAUAUUAUAUUUGGGAAUAGAUGGAGGCAUUUGUUUGGAGAAAGAGAUUUCUGGGAACAUGUUGGAGGAAUUGACGUUUCACUGGCCCCAUCUGGUUUCGGUCAAGCAAAUACCAAGGCAUUUGAUUCUUUACUCCACAAGUUACAGAAGUAUGUACCUUAUGGUGCGGCAGUUGUUGACCUUUAUGCCGGGGCUGGUGUUAUUGGAUUAUCUUUGGCUGCAGCAAGGAGAUGCCGGUCAGUUAAAUGCGUCGAGGUUAACAAGGAGUCCAAACAUUCAUUUGAGAAGACAGUUGAGCGUUUACCCUCCAAUCUUGAAUGCAACAUCAGCUGGCAUCAUGCAGAUGCAUCAGUGGAACCCAUUUCUUGGCUUGUGGGAUCUGAGGUUGUUGUGGUUGAUCCACCGAGGAAGGGUCUUGAACCAUCUUUGGCAGACGCAUUGCAGGCCUUAUCAUCCGUAAAGCCUAAUUCUAAGCUAUCUGGGAGUCCUUUCUUAAAUGACAAGGAUGAAAAGAGACCUUGGAUUCUUAGAGCUAGAGAAUCUUCUGUGCAGUAUGGAACCAGAUCAGUAGCACCAGAAGAGGACCAGCAAUUGCUACCCGAAACUCUUAUCUAUGUAAGUUGUGGAUGGCAAAGCUUUAAAGAGGAUUGUAGGUUUCUCCUGGCUAACAAGACGUGGCACUUGCACAAAGCACAUGGAUUUAACUUCUUUCCUGGCACACAAAGCAUUGAGAUUUUGGCAGUCUUCAAAAGAGGCCCUGGAACAAGCACGAAGAAAAAGAAACCAGGAAAAAAGAAGAGAAGGCCCUCAAGAGGCGAAUUCACAGAAAAAUAG